UUCCUGCAGCUUGUAACUAUGAAGGAUUACGGCGAGAGAGGGGGCGCGACGCCUCAAAGCACAGACGGAGAGGACAGUCUUCCACAGUCCUUGACUGGCGAGAAAAGUCCUGGUGUUUUGCGCAUCGAGGCGUUGAGCUCACAUAUCUCCAAUUUAGAUCGCAUCUUCAUCUUCUUUAGCAUUUUCCUGAUCGCCUAUGCUUAUGGUUUGGAUGGCACUCUGCGUUAUAGCUACCAGCCAAACGCAACUGAUGGGUUUGCCAACCACUCGUUACUUUCGACCAUCAAUGUCGUUCGAGCUGUCGUUGCAGCUGCUGCUCAGCCUACUGCUGCAAAAAUUGCUGAUGUUUUUGGCCGUAUAGAGCUCAUCAUUGUCUCUGUAGUCUUCUACGUUAUUGGUACAAUUGUUGAAGCAACCUCUAUCAAUGUCCAGGGUUUCGCUGCCGGCGCUUUCUUGUACCAGAUUGGCUAUACCUGUGUUCUUCUCCUCGUGGAGGUCGUCAUUGCAGACACAACGUCUCUGCGCUCGCGCCUUUUCUUUUCUUACAUACCAGCCGCCCCUUUCAUCAUCAACACUUGGGUCUCUGGUGAUGUCUCGCAAGCAGUUCUUAACAACUCCACAUGGCGCUGGGGGAUCGGCAUGUGGUGCAUCAUCUAUCCCGUCUGCGCACUUCCUUUGAUUAUUUCGCUUUGGUGGGUGGGCAGUAAGGCGAAGAGAUCCGGCAAUAUGGAUCAGUACAAGACCCCACUCCAGAUCUGGGGAUGGAAGCGACUAGCCAUUGGUCUUUUCUGGCAACUUGAUGUUGUCGGGAUCAUCUUGCUCAUCGCGGUGUUUGGACUCACUCUGGUGCCUUUGACACUUGCUGGCGGUGCUUCGACCACAUGGUCUCAAGGCAAGAUUAUUGCGCCUCUAAUCCUGGGCAUUCUCUGCAUACCGGUUUGGAUAUGGUGGGAAAAAUCAUGCUCACAUCCCAUGGUCCCAUUCCAUCUUCUCAAAGAUCGUGCCGUCUGGGGUGCACUUGGUAUCGCCGUAUUCCUCAACUUUGCGUGGACGUGCCAGGGAGACUACCUGUAUUCCGUGCUGAGAGUAGCCUUCAACGAGUCUGAUAAAUCAGCCUUACGCAUCACCUCCCUGUACAGCUUCGCGUCUGUUAUAACCGGCAUUCUCCUCGGUCUCGUCGUCUUCCGCGUGCGCCGUCUCAAACCUUUCAUUCUCUUCGGAACCUGCCUCUUUAUGGUAUCCUUCGGCCUCCUCAUCCGCUACCGUGGUGGAGUCUCCAGAUCCUCUCACAGCGGAUUGACUGGUGCGCAAGUCUUGCUAGGUAUCGCCGGUGGGUUCUUCCCAUAUCCCGCUCAAGCAAGUAUCCAAGCCGCCACCAAGCAUGAACACGUCGCCGUCAUCACGGGUCUAUUUCUCGCAUGCUACCAGAUCGGCUCCGCGCUCGGCAAUUCCCUGUCGGGGGCAAUCUGGACUCAAGUCACUCCUGGUGAGCUCAGCAGCCGUAUCGCCAACUCUACCCAGGCUCUUUCAUGGUACGCUGCACCUCUGACGCUCGUCCCACUUUACCCCCCAGGCACACCCGAGCGUGAUGCAGCUAUCGAUGUGUACAUGCAUGUCCAGCGCCUUCUCUGCAUCACCGGAAUCUGUCUAUGUGUCCCGCUCAUCUUCUUCGCCUGCGUCAUUCGCAACCCGAAGCUGGGCAAGGAGCAGAGUCUCCCGGAUGCCGAAGAGAACUUGGAGAAGAAUGAAGGCCAGCAGCCGAUUGCCAUGAGCAAUUUGACAACGUUCUGGAAGCGUUAG